GAACGACCUACUGUAUGAGAAAUCCUUUCUAAAUGGAUGUUCUCGUGUAUAUGUGCGCGUGUUUUCUUCAAGGGAGCUUUAAAGUGGUUAAUUACGAUACUGACUGGUCAAAUCAUUCACAAAACUUGUGCUAUUGUUCGAAAUGUCUGAGGAAGGAUUAAUCUGAAUUCCGUCGUUGGAUUGUGAAUGUUUUAAUCUGAAAUUUGCAGGUGUCUGUUCCAGACAUCUUUUAGGAGGAGAGGAGGAGGAGGAGGAUGGAGCGGUUUUUUAUCAUUUCACUUCUUGGCUGUAUUAAUUUCCUUACUGGGAGAACGGAUGAUGUAAAAAAUGCGCCAUCCUCAGUCUUCGGCGAAAUACGGUCAAGUAAUGAAACAUUCGUGGACAAAACGUUGUGGCUAAAGGAAUUUUAUGAGCUAAACACAUCCUCUAAACACAUUUAUCUUGCGGCACCCUUUCGGUAUGGGAAAACGACCAAUCUGAAAAUGAUGGAGGAAUUUUUCAGCAUCACUAACAACGAAAAGCAGGCCCGUGAACUUUUCGAAGACACCCUUAUCCACUCCAAAGAAAAGAAUUUUUUUGACGCACAUUUUCGAAAAUAUCCAGUGAUAUACUUCAAUUUCCAACCUCUUUUAUCCACGACGAAUAAGCUUACCUUCAGGGAAAAUAUGUGCAAAAUAUUCACUAAUGUAAGAAACAACACUGACCCGAAACUAUUCGAUCGAGCCAUGGAGGAAAAAAUCGUCAAAUUAAAAGACUUUAAUAAAGACGAGUUUGAAUUCGGAAACGUUAUGAUUGACUAUACAAAGGCACUGCACACUCAUUAUAGCCAGAAAAUAAUCGUUCUGAUGGAUGAAAUGGACGCCGCGGCUCGCGCUUCUUUGAAACGGGUUAUUUCGGAACAGAACGCAGUCAAAAUGGAAUUUAAACACAUACUUAAACAGUGGUUGGAGGGAAAUGAGUACAUUGAAAAGAGUUUCAGUGUCGGAUCCGUGUACUCAGAUGAUCUACUCCAUAUCAACCCCUAUCCAGAUUGCAUCGAAAAAGAAGUUUACAACCUUAAGGAGUCGUUCGUGAAAUACUUCGGAAUUACCGAAACAGAGGUAGAGCAUCUACUCGAAAAAUCCUCUCUGGCGGACUAUCUACCUAGAUUCAAGUUAUACUACGAUGGUUAUUCUAUCGCCCACUCACCUAAAAAGAUUUUCAACACAAUUUCACCGACCAAAUUCGUAAAGAAUCGAAAAUUUGCGCCCUACUGGGCCGCAUCGAUCGAACCAUUGAAAAACGAUUUUCUGGGUCUUUUCUCACGACCGCUGAUCGGAUCUCUGAUCGAGAAGGCCAUUUUUUGGGACAUGAUGAAACUGCCAGAAUUUCCACACCUUAAACCUGCAAUCGGGAAAGAUAUGUUCCACGCUGUUCGCGGCAAUGCUACAGUCGAUCCUGAGGUUGUGGCUGCAGCUGGCGACAUUUUCUUCAACUAUCUCUAUGAGUCUGGUUACAUCGGUAUGAUCACCGUCGACGGAUUUCUAGCGACCAAUCAGGACGCUGCUUUCGCCCUGGGGACGACUUUGGCGCGAGAUUCAAAUUAUUAUCAAAACGCCCGCAAUAUCUCCUCCGCUGCGAAGAUGAAACUCGUGAAGGCUGUGAAAAACCUAGCGCUGUCCGAAGAGCCGAUGGUAGAACUGGCAGCGGCUAUUCACGGCCUUUACCAUCCGGCUUGUUCAUUGGUGACCGAGGAGCGGGUGUCUUUCGUGGGCCCGAUUUUCACGAUUCUGGCCUACGAGGACCCGGAGGCCUUCGAAGAAGUGAUAUCACCCUUGCGUGUUGCAUUUCAGCCGACCAAGCCAGAUGUGGUGCUCCUUCGCAAAGAUUCUGUCGCUUUUGUAUUCGCGUUGAGGCGAAACGAAAGUGCCCGGGAAGCUGCCGAAGCUGCUUUAAGUUCGGAAUAUGAGUACGUCUUUGAGAAGGACUUUAAGGGUGUCAAGAUUAAGUCGACAAUGUUCGUAGGAAUCAAUUUGGAUGUUCAUUGUCGGGUAUCGAUAGGCUUCGGGGAAGAGGGAAUACAAGUGAAAGAAAUUAAAGAAGUAAGCAGUCCUAUCGAUGAGACUGGAUGACAAACAAACAUAUAGAAUUUGAAGCUGACAGAUUCUUGUGACCGAUUCUUGUGUCAAUUUGCACUCAAAUUAUUUUUACUGCUUUCUCUGAGAGCGCAUAAAGAACUGAUUUCGCAGUUUCUUUCAUAAAUUUUUUUUCGAAUAUGGGAAAUGAUAUAAAAUUAGAUUUAAAAGUGAGAGAAUGCACCAUCUAGUGAUGUCGUUUAGCGGUUUUUCUUAUUUAAACACAUGUAUUUUAGCAGAAUAGAUCAUUUUGUCAUAUUACCACCAAUGAUUGUUUAAUUUAGAAACCAGGGAUAUCCUCGUGUUCAGUUCACUUAGUGAUUACACUUAUAAACAUGAAAUUCAUAAAAUUUCAGACACCCGCAAAUUCUUUAUCAAUGAAUAAUUUUGAGCACGAGACAAGUAUGCACAAAUGUUUUCCAAAUGUUCGAAAACUGAUAUUUUCAAUUGAAAGACGUGAAUUCAAAAGACUUGAAAGUAAUUUUAACUAAACGCACGCUGGCUGGGUCUAUGUGUAUAAUUAAACCUAUAAGCCUAAACUCAUACUUACUGUGGGAGCUAAUAGAACUUGAAUAAUUGCGAUAAUUUUUCAUGAAAGUACAGAUACAUCCGAUAGCAUUUAUAUCAAACUGAAAGCUACGCCAUCCGGAGAAGCAUAGCGAGCCUUUAUUCAGUAAUUUUUUAACGAAUGAAAGUAUAAAAGUACUUCUGUACGUUUAAAAGAAAAAAAGUCAAAAAUGAGACAGCCAUGCAGUUAAGGCAUGAUAAGGCCUAGUGAUUCUUGGGAGACUCAAGAUGAGACCUCAUCGUAACCAACCAAACUAUUGAGUACUUGCAAUCCUGAAAUGAUUAUAUUUUAACUCUGAUAACAUUGCAUUUGAACUGUUUCGACAAGUUCUUAAGGAGAUGCAGAAAUGUGUUGGUAAUAAGAGAUUUUAAGUCAUAUUUCUGACAAUGGCUUGAAAUAACUUUUUUUCUCCGUUAGUUUGAAACGUAAAAUUGUAGGUUUAGGCUAAUUCUUAAGUUUAGAACUUUACAAGCGGAAAUUCCUAGCUAGUCAUUUGUUAUUUGUCAAAUAUGAUGGCAAGUGCUAAUUUUAUUCCUGUUGUUGGCAAGUUUUUUUUUAAGAAAAUAAAUGAAUCCUAAAUUGAGAGGUAUCAAAUGAA